AUGUGAUAGUCCUCUCGUCGUCAGUAAAAAACGGAGCCGAGAGUUGACUUUAUAUUCAGCUCGCCGUGUUAAUAUUAUUAUUUGCAUUGAAUUGCACACAUAGCAUAAAACUAUAUACCCCAAUGUUGCUAAAUUAUAUACAGAAGUGGUAUGGUGUUGGUGCUGAUGCAUACAUGUUCUCUUCCACGUUUUAAAGGGAACGACGUCUAAUUUCCCUCCAAAUCUGACCAGAUAAGCGGAAGGAGACGGUUAUCUGGGUGGUCAUCAUUAUAAUGGGGAAGAAUUGAAGAUAAAUUGAAAACCAGAAAACCAAGCCAAUAAAUAUUUUUCGCUGACCUGUCGGAGCCACUCCCAAAUCAAGUGGAUUGAUGAAACUUCGAAAUUCCACGCCCACAUUGUCGUCCUCCUCCUCAUCGCCGACAUCAUCACGCGCGCGCAGAACGUCCUCACAAUUUCGACUUGACGCCACCUUUCGUCCCAGCGCAGCGUCAACGUCAACGUCGCCUUCUUCUUCUUUGCCUCGAAGCAGUGGCCGGAGACAAGUUGCAAUUUUCUCCAAAAGUUAUGAGACGUCGACUUAUCGUCACGAUGAGGUGACGAUAAGCAGCCGAGUAUUGACGAGAAGUUCGUCGUCUCGUUUGAGCAGAAACGUGCCUCGUCAAGAACGCGUCCUCCGUUCGAGAAAUUGCAACAGGACGAUUAUCGACAAUCCCUCGUCGGGUGUCGUGAUUAUAAAAAAACCAAAAGUUGUGAAUGUUUCAGGAGGAGGGGUGUCAGAAUCAGGGGCAAGUUCAAGUACUAGUUUUUCCCCCUCAGUGGUGACUCCAUGUCCCCCGGUUGGGCUCGUUACCUCCGCCGCCGUCGCCGUAAAAAAGAAAACUGGUCGAAGAAAACGGAGGAAAAAGAGUGGUAAAUCGGUCGGCGGACAGAAAAUUGUCGUGCAAAAACCUCAACAAGAGAAGGAAGAAGGACAGAAAGAAGAACAAUUAUUUCAAGCAGAAGAAUCCUCCUCGUCCGUCGGGGCGGUGGAUAAUCGUGAAAAUUGUACAAUAAUAAACCCCCCUGAUCCUACUAAUUUCCACAUCCCCACAUUUUACGACCAACUUGAACCCAUCUCAUCUGCAUCUUCGUCAACUACUUCUUCAUCCUCAUCUCGUAACAGUGAAGAUUUUUGUGACGAGUUUUUAUCCUCGUGUUCUUCAAUGUCGUCAGGAGAUAGUGGUCCCAUCCUUGCUCAGCAUCCCGCCCCUGUAACCACUUCCGGUGAUGUUUAUACCCUCCCGGACUAUCGGUUCUCCUAUGAUGACGACGAUUUCAACUUGUUCGCAUCCUCAGAAGAAGAAGAAUACUGUCCGAACGGGGUGACGACAAUGGUGACGAGUAAUAAUGACCAAGUAGUGGUUGAGGCGACGUCCUCCUCAUCGUCUUCGUCAAGUUCGUCAUCUUCGUCGUCCUCUUCCAGCGAUGGGAAUAAUAAUCCUGGAGAUUUCCUAACGUCCGAGAUCACGGCGUUGUUUUCGUCGUCAUCAAUCGCCUUGGCGACCUCGGCGUCGGCAGGAUCAUCGCUGUCCCCCUCCUCCUGGGGGUAUGGAGGGGACGGUUCGACGACCACCACGACGACAACGAUUGUCACCAUGUCGCCCGUUGGUGUGGGAGGAGAUGACGUGGUAUCUACGACAUCGUCGUCCGAAUCAAUGGACACCAGAACGAUUGAAUGUGGUGGAAGUAACAAUGUCGUGAUUACGAGUGUGCUGUCGGCGGCGACGUUGGCGUCGUGUUGUUAUGAUGAAAGAAGUAGUGAGGACAAGAGGGAAGAACAGGAUCAUCAUAAUCAUCACGACGACGGUGGGGACGGGGGACAGAGCAUCGUGCUGUACAGUCAACAAGGACAGGGCCACGUGGACAAUUCGCUCAUUACUUCCUGCGCCCAACCAUUGCGCCAAGGAGAGGGAGGAAUCAUGUACAAUAAUGGAUAUCCGAUUAACAAUGGCGGCGGAGGCGGUGGAGGGACGAACGGGGGCGAAAUGUACUACGACGAUUACUGGGACUUUAAUCCGUAUUUCUUCAUCAAGCAUUUGCCCCCAUUGACGGCGGAGAUGGUGGCGGGACGAGGGGCCGUGUUACCCCUGAGGACGCGGAGUUCCCCAAAAAUGAGCCUGGUCCUCGACUUGGAUGAAACCUUGGUGCACUGCUCCCUCCAAGAAAUGCCACACCCUUCGUUCACAUUCCCCGUGUUUUGUCAAGACUGCACGUACCAGGUGUAUGGACGGACACGACCCUUUUUCAAAGAGUUUUUGGAGCGCGUGUCCACCAUUUUUGAAGUCAUUUUGUUCACCGCGUCGAAAAAGGUGUAUGCUAACAAGAUUCUCGACCUGCUCGAUCCUACGCGGAAGUGGAUUAAGUACCGCUUGUUUCGGGACCACUGUCUCUGCGUGAAUGGAAAGUACAUUAAGGAUUUGAGCAUACUGGGGCGUGACUUGGCGAAAGUUAUCAUUGUGGAUAAUUCCCCCCAAGCGUUUGGAUAUCAGUUGGAGAAUGGAAUUCCGAUCGAGAGCUGGUUUUUGGACGAUUCAGACACCGAGUUGAUGAAGCUGGUCCCCUUUUUGGAAGAAUUGGUCAAACUGAACGAAGACGUCCGCCCUCACAUUCGCGAAAAGUUCAAACUGUUCACUUACCUGCCUCCUGAUUAAGGAGGAAACCAAAAUCUGUGCAAAAUCCUAUCCAAUCCACCCACCAAGAACCACAUAUUUCAAUCAGACGAGGAUAACAUGUUAUCAAUACGUACAUAAGUGCAUCGUAUUAGAAACAAGAAUUCUACCAACCAUUAUUAUUUUGAAGAGAAGAACGAACAAUUAAUCACAUACAUUUAAAGAAAUUAAGAACAAACAAUUAACCAAUUAAGAGAACAACUAAUUAACUAAUGACGUGCUAAAAACUAAAGUAAUAAUUUUUUCUGAGACUAAUAAUGCUAAGCACACCCUACUUUUUGUACGACAACUGUUUGCUUUGAACUAUAAAUAUGACGAAUUGAAAUUGUAAAAUACGUAUAGAUUUUCAACCAGGUUUUUAUUUAAGAAAGUCAAAAAGACUUAGUCGAGAUUUCUACAGGUUGUGAGUGACCGAUGAGGCGACAGAAUUUUUGGUUGUAUUAUUAGUUAAUUAUUUAGUCAGUUAGUUAAUUAAUUUUGGGAUGGAAGAGGAUCAGAGUCCGGUAAGAAAUGAAUUAUGAAUUUUAUAGCUUUUUUCACACUUUAAUUACUUAUUUACACGUUGAUUAUUUUUUUAACCACUUAUUUAAUAACCUUGUUUUUGUUCUGGAGAGAUUUUUACGUGGUAAAUUUGUGGAUGGGAAUUGAAUAUUUUUUUUAAUUGUGGAAAUUUGUCUCAGUUGUUGAGCUUGUUUAAUUAGAAUUUUAGCUUGGAAAUAGUAUCGUAGAGAAAUUAAAGUUAACUUUUGUCAACUAAUUAGCAGAGAGUUAUUUAUGCGAUUAGUUAGUUUUAUGGAAUGUGUAACGGAUUGCAAUCAGUUUAAUAGAAUUUUUAAUACCAAAAAAGUCAACCAAGAUUCCGAGUGAAAUGCAAAGACGAAGAAACAUGUAUGCAAUAUAUAAAAAAGUUGUGUGGGCAGAUUUGCCUGUAAAUUAGUUAAUUAGUUAACUCGGUCUUAAAAAAUAGCUUCCACAUCAUUUUGAUUGAUAAGUACCUGAAAAUGGCGAUCUUGAGGAAAAAAAGAAAAUGUAAAAAAAGUCACGAAAUGAUAAUCUCUUACCCACCAAAAAGAAGAGCAAUUUUUGUUAUAAAGUUUCCGGUUUUUUCGCCCUGGUGGCUUUAAUUAAUUAGCGUAAAGGUUAAAUAGAGACCGACGAUACAAUUUAAUAGUGCCUAAAAGUAACUAAUUUAUGCACAUACUUAAAAAUUAAAGUUAAUUAAUUGUUAUUAAAAUUAAUAAGACAUGUUAUUUUUUGUGUGGUCAAAUUUCUUCACUUUUCCUUGGAUAAAUAAUUAACUGAUUGUAAUUGUAUAUGCAAAUUAUGCAACGAAUAUAUAUAUAACUACUAACUUGCGCCAUAGUUAAAAGCUAUAACACUGGCGCAAGUUACACACCUAAUGUUAUGGAGGAUACAAUCGGAGCAGCAAUCUCUCUGUAUGUGAUGAUGAAUGUACAAGUAGAAAAUGAAAUUUUGUCUAGAAAAAUAUCAAUAUACAAUUGUUAAUUAAUUAAUUAGUAAUUAAAAUUUAGAGUGAUUAAGCUAAUUGAGGUGUUAAUGAGAUAAUCAAUCAGUUAAUUAGUUAGCAUCUUCUCGCAGCUCAGCAGUUUAAUUAAAAGUUCAAAUUAUGAUCCAUGUGGCAGCUGUCUUGUCAUUUUUUAAAUGUCAUUUGUUCUCAAAGUUUCCUAAAUAACUUGAUCUGAAAAGUGCGAGCUAUAUAUUUACUUAUUGCGUUGUUAAUUAAUUAUAAGUAUAAUUAUUAUAAUUAUUUUGUCUCUUCUUGAGUUAAUCACUUUAUGAAUCUGUAACUCUGUUUGGAUGGAUUUGGGCCAGUUUGAUUAAUUUUCUCACUUUUAAUAACAUUUUAUAAAGAAAGGAGAAGUUACUUUAAGAAAUCUAGCUAAUUUCGCAUGCAGAUUAACUAAUUAUUUAAUUAGAGAUUAUAUAAUACUGGACUUUUAAGGCAAGUGUUACGACAUAAUUCUGCAAAAUUAUACUCUAAAAAAGAAAUGAAAUGAAAGUCUGGCCUGGUGCGUUAUACGAGUAAAAUUAUUAUGAAAAUAUUUAAUGUAACGUGUAGUUAAACUUCUUAAUUAAUUAAGGAAAAAUAUCGAUAACAAUCCGAAAUUCAAUCCUAAAUAUAACUUGUCUUUUUGAACCUUUCAGUGUAUUACAAAAGUUAAGGAACAAAAAAUGGGAACUUGAAUAUAUAAAAAAUAAAUUUAAAAACCCAUACUUUUUAAGCUAAGUCAAUGCAGAAGAGAUAAAUAUAUUGAAAACUUUUAAAUAUUUAAUUAUCCUUAAGUUAAAGAUGAAAGAAAUUAUACGAAAUUGAUUAAUGUUAUAAGUUUGCAUGAUUUUAAAAGCAUAAAUAAUAAAUAUUAUCAAUUAUUGAGAGAAAAG